GUGGCAUGCAUUCAAUGCAAAAGUGGAGUUGAAAUAAUACAUAGGUACUCCACUUUUUUGCUUGCCGUCAACUUGGCAAAAAGGCAACAAAUUUUAUUAUUCGUGAGACAAAAAAUUUAUUAUUCUCUUAAAUCUAUUCGGCACUCUUUGCAGUUCUGAUAUACUUUCUCCAUAGUCAAGUAAAACGACAGAAUUGCAAAGCCGUAAGUUAAGAAUGCAUGUUGCAAAAUUCUUCGCCGUUGUACAGCAUCUUCUUUGCACGGUACCAUUCUCAAGCAGAACUUUAAACCCUGAUACAGGUAUACAGGAGAGAGCCAACACAGAUAGUUUAGUAUCACGCCACGAAGUCUCUUCUAACUCCGACGUUUGUUUGAAAGCUGAAUGGGUCAAUAAAGAUUUCGAGAAACCUAUUAAUCAUCAAAAUGACAUAGACCAUCUAAUGUCUUCCUUGAAUGCCUUAGAUGUCGACGUCUGCUUGACACCUGAAUGUAUCAAAGCAGCUACAGACAUCGCUAACAAUUUGAAUGUUUCUGCUGACCCUUGCAAUGACUUUUACCAGUUCGCCUGUGGUGGCUGGUUGAAUAACCAUGCCUUUCCUAAACAACACAGAUCAGAUAUUUCAGUCCAUUCUAAACUGAGAGAUGAUAUCUUCCUCAAACUUAGAUUUCUCUUGGAGAAAGAUUCGAAAGAAAAAGAACCACACCACAUUUUUAUGCUGAAAAAAAUGUACAAGUCUUGCAUGGAUUCCGAUGGCAUCGAGAAUUUGGGCAAUCUUCCUCUAUUGGACGUAUUGAAUAAUCUUGGAGGGUGGCCGCUGUUGAGAGGAGAUAACUGGAAUGCUGCUUCGUUUGACUGGAUUGAUACCCUCGGUCAACUUCGUAGGAUGGGUUAUGAUCACAAUAUCUUAAUGGGAGUGUCUGUUACCAAAGUCCCCGCAGACAAUUUCUAUACCCCGGUCACCAACCACAGAAAUUCGCAUAUCAUAACAUUGGACCGUCCGUCAUUUGGAACGGAUCGUGAGAUUCUAUUGCAACCACUAAACCCAACUAAACAGCUUUACCUUGACUGGAUGCAGAAAGCAGCUAAUGAGAUGGGUUCAAAUCCAUCGAUUUCGAAAGUCGAGCUUCAGCGCUCAGCCGAAUUCGAAGAAAACCUGGCAAAGGGCACUACAGCAGACGAAGAAAGAAUAAGUAUUGACAACUUCAAUCAAAUUUUCACAGUUUCAUUUCUUUCAAAUUUGGAAAGAGAGAUUGACUGGCUUAAAUUUUUCAAAGUACUGCUGGAUGAGGAUGUCACAGAAUAUGAUUCUUUGCUUAUCAGAGAUCCAAAGUUUCUUUUCACAUUCGCAGAUUUAAUCAAAAAAACGAAUAAAAGGACGAUAGGCAAUUACAUGAUGUGGAGGGUUGUUCAUGCAUCUUUGCCUUUUCUAUCAGAGUAUUGGAGGUCUAUUGCUGAUAGUUAUAGUUUAAAAAAGAUAGAAGCACCACGUUGGAGACAAUGCAUUUCUUCUUUAAGCGAUAGUGCCUUGGAAGUGGCCCUUAAUUCCUACUACGCGCGUCAUUACCUUAAUGAAGAAAACAAGGAAUCGGUACUGAAGAUUGCUGAAUAUAUUCAGCGGGAAGUUUUAAAUAUCCUAGAAACCAAAGAUUGGUUAGACGAAAAUAAUAAAGAGAUGAUCAAAAAUAAGAUUAAUGCAACGGCAUAUAGCAUUGGAUACCAGAAAGAGCUUCUGAAUGAAACGCUUUUAUCUCAAUUAUACACGAACUUAACACUUGAUGGCGAAAGUUAUUUAAACAAAACUCUGCAACUGCGUAAAUGGAAAACCGAUUAUUCUUUCUCUCAGCUUCGAAGAAAUGACGUAGAAAUCGAGUGGGAGAAAUACCUAAGCCCAAUUACAGUGAAUAGCGCUUAUAACCGGCUGGAGAACAUCAUUGAACUUCCGGUAGGACAUAUACAGUACCCCUUUUUCAGCAAGGAUCUACCUCAGUAUCUGAAUUUUGGAACUAUUGGUUUUACUCUUGCUCGUGAAUUCACACAUGGACUGCAAUUUGCAGCUAAGCAACUUGCAGCUCAGCAACUUCCUGAAAAUCCUGACUGGCCAGAUGAAAUUUACGAAACAAAAGCGCAGUGCUUAGAGGAGCAAUACCGUAAAUAUAUUGCUGAAAACGGAAUGCGGAUAAACGGUGAAAGAACAUUGUCAGAAAAUAUAGCCGACAAUGGAGGUUUAAAAGGAGCUUAUCUGGCUUAUAUGUCUUAUGUUAAAGACCACGGAAACGAGAUAACAUUGCCAGGACUGAACUUUACAACGAAUCAGUUGUUCUGGAUAAGCGCAGCAAAUAUAUGGUGUGAAAGCAUAAAUGAACAUUAUCUCAACUAUACUUUUAUAUCUAGGAAACAUGCUACGAAAAGGUUUAGAACGAAUGGACCAAUGUCUAAUUUACCAGAGUUUGCCAGAGAUUUCCACUGCUUACCAGGCGUGCCGAUGAAUCGAAAAACCAAGUGCGAAGUUUGGUAGACUAAUCAACUGAAAAAAUUCAAAAUUCAGCAAAGGUUUUUGGAUUUAUUAAUGUCACAGUUUAAUGUUUUUGCAACUGUUGAAAACAUACUUUGCUCUAAAUAAAAUUUUGAAACUCCAA